CUCUUUUCUCUUGUCCUCCAUUCUAUCUGCGGCUGGAUUUGAUCAUCGCCAUGUCUUCUCACAAGACUUUCAGGAUCAAGCGAUUUCUGGCCAAGAAACAAAAGCAGAAUCGUCCCAUUCCCCAAUGGAUUCGAAUGAAAACUGGUAAUAAAAUCAGGUACAACUCUAAGAGAAGACAUUGGAGAAGAACCAAGCUGGGUCUAUAAUGAGCCUCACAUAUGAAUUCACACACAUUAUCAGAACAUCACUAGUGUCUGGAACAGCUGCCUGUGUUUGAUGCUCUCUCCGCUUGAGCUUUCCUCAUCACUGCUCACUGUGUAGCUCUGUAAUAAACAUGUGAACCUUU